AUACAAUGUAGCAUAGGUGCACGAGUAAUAAGGCAAUGUUACCCAAAGUGGCGUAAAAGAACUCUUUUCCACUCACACACCAUCCACACAAGCUAUCGGAGGUGGUAGCUGGAAGCUGGAUGCCCUAAAGCCAGAUACAGAGGAUUUCAAUUAAAAAUAAUAAAUAUACACACAAAGCUCAUCCUUUCACAUACAACAUUUCGCAUCAUGGUUCUCAGACUUCUUUGUAUAAUGGCAAUAUUUUAUCCAGUUAUUCCAAUUGCUCGAUCAACAACAACACCACUUAAACGUCCGAAAGCAGGUGAUCCAUUCGAUUUGUUUCCAAAAAAUUUCUGGCAGGAAUUCUCAUCACCGUUCACAGAUACUCCGGAUGAUGAGGAAUUUCACGUUGUUGAAGCCACAACACACGAACCAUUUCCAUUUUUCGCUGAACCCUAUACAACAGUCAAUGUUAGCGCUCAACUGGGAACAAAUGUUUAUCUGCAUUGUCGUGUAAAUGAUCUCCAAGGAAAAACAGUUUCUUGGAUGCGAAGAAAAGGAGAUGACUUAACUUUGAUUACAUUUGGAAGGCAUACAUACAGCAGUGAUUCGAGGUAUUCAUUUGAUUUUGAGGAGCCCAACGACUGGAAGCUUCUUAUACAAUAUGCUAAUGAACGGGAUGAUGGGCCUUACGAGUGUCAAGUUUCAUCACAUCCUCCUUUAGUGUUGUUGGUUUAUUUAACAGUUAUUGUUCCACACGUCCAAAUUGUUGACGAAAGAGGAUCUUCGACGCCAGAAAAAUACUAUAAAACUGGUAGCACUAUCGAACUACAAUGUGAUAUCACAAAAAUUCCACAACCAUCAUCAUAUAUCACAUGGAAGCACGGAAAUCGAAUGCUUAAUUAUGAUACCAGUCGAGGGGGAAUAAGUGUCAAAACUGAUAUAUUGCCUGGAAGGGUGCUAAGUCGUCUAUAUAUCGCAAAUGCCAAUAAGCAUGAUACUGGAAACUACACAUGCAUGCUUAGUAAUGUUAUCGCCGUAACUGUUGCAGUACACGUUCUGAAUGGUGAAGAACCAGCAGCUAUGCAACACUCUUGUGGGACUACUAUGGGGGUUUCUUCUAUCUGGGUUGUGUUAUUCGCCUCUUUUAUAGGCUAUUUUUCACUCCGAUGACAGCUUUAAGGUUCAACGUAAUAAAUAUAAAAAAAAUAACAAGAUAUAUGAAAACCACAAUUUUAUCUCCAAUAGGUUGUUUUAUACACAAAGAUAUAAUAGUUAUAAUUAAAAAUAAUUCUUAAUAUACAAAACGAAAAACAUUUAAAAAAAAAAAAACUAAUUAGGAUAUAUUUACAUAUAGAAAGAGAAAGUGAGAGAAAUAAACAAAAUAAAGAAAAACAAGGAGUAUGAAGGACAACAUACAUAUGAAUUAUUACGAUUUAUUUUAUAUUGAAAUUUUUUUAGAAAAUACGAUACGUGUAGAAAAAUUAUUAUAAAAAAAAAAACUACUAUAUAAAAAAAAUAAUGUUUAAGUUUGCUAAACAUACAUAAUUAU